CAUAUUCCUGUGCGGUUGUGUCGUUUCUUCUUUUUCCUUUCUGUCUAUAUACCAUAUUCCGUUCCUUUCUCCAGCCGGUCUUGGGGUUUGCUUCUGUCCUUUUUCCUCGUCCCUCGUCCCUUGUCCGUCAAUCUCGAUUUAUCUAUCCAUCCUACCUACUAGGUAGAUAUCUUCAAUAUGGAGCCCACCACCACAAACAUGUCCAUCGGCACCAAGACCGAGAUCUCGGCCUCCAAUUUUGAGACAGACGUUGAGUCAGUCCGCGCCGAACCCAGCUUUCGCCUUUAUCGCUUGAUCGACAGUGCCAGGCUGGGCCUUACAGUCCUUGCUCUUGCGGCUGGCCUGACGAUCCUCGGGCUGUCGGCAGAUACCAUCGCUGUCUACCAUGCCACCUACGUCCCAGAAGAUUGGUUCCUGCAAUUAUGGCCAUCCAACUUCGACAUGGGCCCCAGCAUCGCUCUGGUAGUAGGCGGUGCCCUGGUUGUUGUGGCCAAUCUUGUUUCGCUGAUCGCUGACAAGAUUCAGACUGUCCGCGGGAACGCUGUUAUUAAAGCUGUCAUCAAAUUCACGCCCCCAGCUAUCGCGCUGAUUGCUGCCAUCAUUUCCAUGUCCUACUUUUACGGUGUCAACGCAUCGACCACCAACGAUUCUCUGCAGAGCUGGACUUGUCGCUGGAAGGACGUGACCAUGACCGUACAGCCCCAUUUCGGGACUCUAUGUAAGCAGAGCAAGGCCAGCGUUGGGCUUGCUGUCAUGCUAGUCCCCGUGGAGGCCAUCGUCCUAGGCCUGGCGGCGUAUCAAUUCGUCCUGGAGAAACGCUUCAGCAUGACCUCGCAUGGGUCUGGGCGUAAGGCGGGAAGCCCUGCCUUGUCCUGAGUUUGACGUCCCGUAGCAAAAGUUACCAAAUUCUCGGGCUGGGGCUUAGGCUCAGGCUCGCUUGGACUCAGCCGCUCAGAUCAUGGCAUGGGUGAGACUGGGGAUCAUCCAGAGAUUGGCUGGAAUGAUGUGCUAGAUAGCAACUAGUAUCAUGGAACUUCAAGCAUAUGGAUUCUCUCCCGUCAACCAAAGAAUUGGAACGGGAAACCGGAGCAGAAGUUGCAGAAACAUGGACCCAGCAGAAGUUUGUUGGAGUUAAACACGAUAGGUCAUUUAUUUUUGACAAUACAUAAUAAUAACUGGCACUUGUUUUUUUUGUUUUUUUA